GCUCUUGAAUGUGUCCUGUUUUGCGUUUGAGGACGAGGCUUUAAGUUUGCGAUGUCGAGUAUAUUUUCUUAUCAUUGAGUGUUCGGGCUUUGACACAAUGGCUGGAGUCGUGCUGAGGCGAUGUGUGAGCAGAACUUUACUGUCAGCACCCGGAGCCAAAGGCGUCCGGAGCAGAGGGACAAACCGGAAAUACUGGACAACUUUAAGAAGGACUGCCGCUGCCCUGACCGGCGGAGGAGCGGCAUUCCUCCUGGGGCUCCCCGCGCUGUCCUGGCUGCCUUUGGAAGCUUAUCACAGAGUGAGUUCAACCGUGGUCUACGCUUUAGAAAAAGAGCAGGUUUUGGAGCAGGCGGACUACCUGUACAGCUGUGCAGAGACGGAGAAGCUGUACCAGCUGCUGCUGCAGUACAAGGACAGUGAAGAUGCUGAGUACCUGUGGAGGCUGGCGUGGGCCUCUCGCGACCUGGCCGUGCUGCCCAACACGGAGGCCGAAUGCAAGAAGCAGCUGAUGUUUAAGGGUUUCGAAUAUGCAAAGAAGGCCCUGGAGAAGGAUGAGAAGUGUUUCGCGGCACACAAAUGGUACGCAGUGUGUCUCAGCGAUGUCGGGGAAUACCAGGGAGUCAAGGUGAAAAUUGGAAAUUCAUACAUCAUUCGAGAACAUCUAGAGAGAGCUGUUGAACUCAAUCCCAAAGAUGCCACUUCCUUUCAUAUUUUGGGUCACUGGUGCUUUGCUUUUGCUGAGCUGCCUUGGUACCAACGCAAGGUGGCGGCUGUCAUUUUUUCUUCACCCCCCAAGUCCACAUACAAGGAGGCUUUGGAAUUCUUCCUGAAAGCUGAAGAAGUCGAUCCCAACUUCUACAGUAAAAAUCUGCUGAUGCUCGGGAAGACCUACAUGGGCAUGAAGGACAAGGAGAUGGCGCUGUUCUUCCUGACCAAAGCAAAGGAGUACCCUGCCCACACACUGGAAGACAAAGAGGUCCACGGAGAGGCCGUUGACCUCUUGAAGAAACUAGGAUGAACCCUGUAGUUAUCACCCGGGUGGAACACGACGCCUUCGGAGACGAUUAAUAAUUCUUAACAAAUGUUCUCCUUUUCCAGCUGAUUCUGUAAUUAAUACAGUAUAAUUAUGUUGAAUAAUUCAGCUGAUUAUAAAACUA